AUGGCUCGUAUCUUGAGAGUAGGAGGCCAGAUAAUGAUAUAUGUGUGGGAAAUGGAACAAAAACAGAGAAGAUUUGAAAAGCAAGAUGUCUUUGUUCCUUGGAAUCCUUCACCUCCUUCCUGCUCCUCAGCCUGUAGCAGAUGGGUUCUUGGUGCGACCUGGCUGAGGUACUACCACGUUUUUAAAGAAGGGGAGUUGGCUGAGCUGAUAAACCAUCAUAUUCCUGAGCUACGUAUUACUCAUUCAUACUUUGACCAUGCCAAUUGGUGCACGAGCACAGAAAAGACUCAAGUGUGGAAGAUCUAG